GCAUUGGACAAUGAAUUCUCAAGAGGAGAAUAACACGGUCAUGUCGCAAAUGGAAAAAGCUACAAAAAUGAAUGAAGCUAAAACAUCACGUGAGAUGGAAAAUAUAUAUAGUACGCCACAGGGUCUCAGGGGAAUGGUUAAUCCAUUUGCUUAUUUUACUCAAGGAUUUCAACCGAACUUUGCAUAUAAUCCAAACGAUGCAUCUACAUCUCCCUUAGUCAGCCAAAAAAACGGAGUCAGCUUUUCAUACCAACAAUUAUUAAAUGCUCCCAUGUAUCCUGUCCAGCCGACACAUACCUACCCAACACAAUACGCUCACGCACCAAAAAAGGCUAAGACGAAGGACAACGAUUUCAUCAUCUCUCAAACUCUUGAAAAUGACAAAUUCAACAAGAGUUGGAGCAAAAAUGAAGAUGUUGCAUUGACGAAAGCUUGGCUUUAUAUUUCAGUUGAUGCAGAUGUUGGCAAUAACCAAAAACUGUUAUAUUAUGGAAACGAGUUUUUCCUGUUUAGAAAGAAAAUAUGGGAGCUGAGUGUAAAGAGAACCGAACGCAGAUUAGCUUGCAACAACAUAAAUCAGGCUGUUACCAAGUUCAGUUCAUUCUACGAGAAGUUGGAUAGGCUUCCAAAAAGUGGCACUAACUUAGAUGAUAUGAAGCGAGAAGCUGUUCGUAUGUAUAAAGAGUGCACUAGCAAAAAAGAAUUCCAGUUCGAACAUUGUUGGGAGACAUUGAGAACAAAUCCGAAGUGGUGCAUGAAAAAUAUGAGAAAAAGAAAUGAGUUCAGUGAAGAUGUUGAUCCCAGAGACAAGGGCAUAUCACCACUACAUAGUAUCCCAGAUGAUAGUCAUGAUGUGGACAAAAUUGACGGGAUUAACAAGACAGAUGACAUUGUGCGUCCCCAAGGGAGAAAAGCAUCGAAGGAGAAAACCAAUGAAGAUGGUGGUGUGGUAGAUGCUAUAAAAGGUUUGCGUUCUACUUUUGAGAAAGAAAUUGAGUUUAGAAAGGAGAGUAGCAAAAAGGAAUUUGAAUUUAAGCAGCACAUAGCGAAUCAAGAGAUGGAAGUUAAGGUUGCUGCUGAAAAAAGAAAACUGAAAGACCAAGAACUCCGCGAAGAAGCUCAAAAGAUAGAAGAUAGGCGAAAGGAAAAAGAAUUUCACCAAAAAGAGCUGCUUCAGAAGAAAGCUCAAAAGAGAGAAGAACAACUUCAUAUUAUGAGCAUCGAUGUUUCCAAGCUUCCAGAAACUGUACAGAAAAGGAUUGAAGAAUGUCAGAUGCAGAUACUAAAUGAAUGGGAAACUGAGGGUCUUUUUGGAGAAAAUGUUGAAAACAAACCAUUGGCAGAAGCUUUGGCCAGAGAAUCAGGCAAUACUAUAGAGACAGAUUCAGACAAUGACUUAAUGCGUAUUGGACUUGCAAAU